GUUAUGUACGAUAAAUUGAAACGACGAUCAUUGGUUCCAGCGAUACAACAAACCGUUAAUAAUACCACUGGUAUUGGUCCUAUUGGCGUAGGUUCAAGACAAAGUAGUGCCUACGCUUCUGGUAUACAACGCCAACAUACUUGGAAUGGUAACAAUGGUCAAGAAAACAACGUUCAUAUGACCCAACAAUUACCAAUACCGCAACAAGACUAUUCGGCAAUGCGUGAACAAACUCCAUUUUCUUCUAGUAGUGGAAAACGGAUGACCGAUGGUAACGAAAUGAAUCCUAAUUUUCAACAAAAAG